CCAAGGGUGUCACAGACUCACAGGUUCACGGCUAGCUCACUAUGUCCAAGGUAAUUAGCCAUCAUGCAUGUUCUUUGGUUUUGCUUAUGUCUUUGGGGCCGGGGUUCCGUCGAACAAAUUUAAAGGUGUACACUCAUAGUGAACGCCUGUGUUUUCACUUGUGAAUGACCUGCAGAAGAUCCUGAUCAGAGCUGAUCUCAUCGGCGACAAGUGCAAGAGCAAGAUCCUGUCAACUGCUGCCAAGCUCAAGGGUAGGGUACCUCUCUCCCUCACAAUCCAACCUCUAUCUAUCUCGCACCCCUCUCCACUCUUCUUUACCAAAAUGUAUGUACUAAUUUUCAGGGAUCAAGUCCAUGGACAUUGACCAGGACAAGUGCACGCUGACGGUGGUCGGCACCGUCGAUCCGGUGCGGCUCCUGCAGUGUCUCAGGAAGUCGUGCUUCGCCGCAGUUGUCAUCAGCGUCGCAGACGACAAGCCAAAGGAGCCCGAGAAGAAGAAGGACCCCUGCCUGGAGGCCUGCGAGAAGGCCUGCAAGGACAAGUGCGAGAUGGCUUGCAAGGAGGCGUGCUGCAACAAGAAGUGCGAGAUGGCUACUUGCAAUGAGGCGUGCUGCAAGAAGAAGUGCGACAUGGCUUGCAAUGAGGCGUGCUGCAAGAAGGUGGCGCCGUCCUGCUACCCGUCCUGCUGCACGCCGGGCUGCGACUCCAGCCCCUGUGGCCUGCCUAGCUGCCGCUUCUACAUCUACGGCUGCGUUGUGCGCAAGCCGCCACUGGGACACGGCUGCAACAAGGGGAGGUCACGCGGACUCAGAGGAGAAUGUGGCAUCCAGUAG